AUCAAAAGCACAAGGAACCCUUCACAACACAGAACACACCAAAAGCUGAAAGACAAAAAUGGGCAAGACCAAAACCUCUCAUCAUGCAUCACAUCUUCUCCUUCCCCUCCUCUUCUUCUCCACUCUCGUUUCAACCUCUCACGGCGGUGGCAUAGCCAUCUACUGGGGCCAAAACGGCAACGAGGGCACCCUCGCCGAAGCAUGCGCCACAGGAAAAUACACUCACGUUAACAUAGCCUUUCUCAACACAUUCGGCAACAGCCAAACCCCACAAAUGAACCUCGCUGGCCACUGCAACCCUGCAACCAAUUCCUGCACAAAAUUCAGCCCCGAAAUCAAAGACUGCCAAAGCAAAGGCAUCAAGGUACUUCUCUCCAUAGGUGGUGGAGUUGGAAGCUAUUCUUUGUCUUCCGUUGAGGAUGCAAGAAACGUUUCAUCUUUCUUGUGGAACACUUUCUUGGGUGGCAAGUCAUCGUCAAGGCCACUAGGUGAUGCUGUGUUAGAUGGCAUAGACUUUGACAUUGAACUUGGCUCCACGCAAAACUAUGACCACCUUGCACGUUUUCUCAAGGCGUAUAGUAAGAGGGUGUACCUAAGUGCUGCACCUCAGUGUCCUAUUCCUGAUAGGUUCUUGGGCACUGCCCUUGACACUGCCCUAUUUGACUUUGUUUGGGUUCAGUUUUACAAUAACCCUCCGUGUCAGUAUGCUAAUGGUAACAUAAGUAAUCUUGUGAGUUCAUGGAACCGGUGGACUAGUACUGUGCCAGCAGGGAAAUUCUUUUUGGGGUUGCCGGCGGCUCCGGCCGCCGCUGGAAGCGGUUUUGUUCCCGCCGAUGUUUUGACCUCUCAGAUCUUGCCGGUUAUUAAGAAGUCGCCAAAGUAUGGUGGGGUGAUGCUGUGGUCAAGAUUCUAUGAUGUCCAGAACGGGUAUAGUAGUUCAAUUGUUGGCAGCGUGUGAAGAGUAGUAGUAGUGGCAAUUGAUUAACCAAUGAUUUUAUUAUCAUCAAGUUCUGGUUUUAAGAUUAAUGAUUGAGAAAAAAGAAUAAUGUUGUACUUUUCCAAACGUGUUUGUUAUCUGCAAUUGUGGCCACAUGAAAUGAAUAUAUAGCACUUUUUUUUUUUAUAACUUUA